AGUUGAUGCUCCUGAUGACAAAAAAUGCAAACUUACUGAUACUCGUCUUAAUGGAAAUGCUAUGUUAAUGCUUCAUACGCUAGCAAUUCUUGCAAAGAUAAAGAUUUCACAUACCGUUUUAUCAUCAGAACUCCUUACACAAAAUAUAAUGGCUGUGGAACUUUGA